CGCUUUGCUUCACUUGCAGUUUUGGGUAAAACAUAAACAUUUAUUUGCCACUGAAAAUUGCUUGUAAAAGGGCACAAAAUGGUGAAACUAACGCCAGAUCUGAUCAAUCAGUCGAUGCAGUACAUGAAUCCCUGCCGGGACCGUGAGCUUGAUCUUCGUGGAUACAAAAUACCACAGAUUGAGAACAUGGGUGCCACCCUGGAUCAAUUUGACACGAUAGAUUUCUCCGACAAUGACAUUCGCAAACUGGAUGGGUUUCCUCGGCUUCCGCGACUGAAGUGCCUUCUGCUCAACAACAAUCGGAUCGUACGAAUCAGUGAGAACCUUCACGAAUCACUACCCAAUCUUCAGAGUGUUAUACUUACGGGGAAUAACAUACAGGAGUUGGGAGACUUGGAGCCGCUGACAAAGUUACCCAACCUCGAAACGCUCAGCUUACUGACAAAUCCUGUGUCGACCAAGCAACACUAUCGUGAGUAUUGUGCUUUCCGUUUUCCCAGCCUACGGCUUCUAGAUUUCCGAAAGAUUAGACAAAAGGAACGCGAGGCCGCCAACCAACUGUUCAAGUCCAAAAAGGGAAAGGAAAUGCACAAAGAAAUCAUGCGUAAAGCGAAGCAAGCGAUGCCAGGAGUGGUUGGAACAACGACGCCCGAAAAGCAAGCAGUCCAAAAUGCCACACCAGCAGAUAUUCAAAAAAUCCGGGAGGCGAUCAAACGGGCCACCAAUCUGCACGAAGUGGACCGACUCAACCGUAUGCUACAGUCUGGGCAGAUCACUGGGGAUAUAAUGAAUGGUAACGAGGCUGCUAUACAUCUAUCCAAUUCGAAUCAUGCCUAAAGGACAGGUGAUUUAUAAUAUGCAAUAAUACUUUGCUUUAUUUCCCACUUACAUUAGGCAACAACGUCAUGGAAACAGAGUAAACACUCGGAUAGGAACAGAUAAAACGCUACUACAAACUGGUCAAAUGUCUGGUCGAGAAGUACAUAAAAAUAAAGCACACGGCGAUCACUUGAUCCGGUCCAGUAAUUGCUGCA